AUGGCUCCAAAUGUCCCUUUUUCCGAACUGUUUAGAAGCAAGAUGCAUCAGAAUAUUCUACAGUUCCAAGUGCAAGAAGUUGUCCCAGAACAGUAUUGCCCCACCCGCUUCCAACUUCACUCCUCAAGCGACCCCCAUUUCGUUGCUAAUACAUCGGAGCCAGGCGAUUCUGUUUCAGAGCAGAGCUUGCCUCCUAUCUUAGGUCCAGGGUCCAACAAUACAGAUAGCCAGGAGGAAGAAUUCGGCUAA